AUGAAUACAAGUGUUGAUAUGGAAGAAGAAAAGAGAAGACUCUUAACCCAAAUUGAAGAUUAUUUUAAUGACAUAACACAGUCUAUUGUGUCUGUGGGUGGUUUGUGGGAUGUUAUAAUGGAAUACCGCAACACAUCAACAGAUGCUUUGGCAACAAAAUCUUUACAAGAGUGGAAUACGUGGGACCAUUCUGUAUACAAGUGCUGGAAAAAUAUGUUAGACUUGUGCAAAGAGGUUGUACGUAUCUUUUGUUUAACUUUGGAAGAGCUAUCCAUAGCAAAGAAGACAGGAAAACUCCAUAGUCAAGUCAUUCGGGAAAUACGCCUUUUGACUAAAACAUUUGAAAAAACAUUUAAUCGUUAUAAAAAUAAGAGUACCGGGUCAAUGGAAGUUGUGAAGAGAAUCCAAUACACUGAAGACCCAUCACUAAACACCUCGACAAUUCAUAACCAGACUAUUUUUAAAGGUUUACUUUGUGGGUUCGCUUUAAUUCAUCUUGGACCAAUUGCGUUGGGAAGGAAAACACUGAUAAUUGUUGGCACUAUUAUUGCCGCAACCAAUAUUUUUAAUGUGUCUUUUCUACGUAAAAAGAAAAAGUGUGGUGAUAUCAAUGUUAUUUUAAACAAAUUAACAGAGGAGACUAUUCUGAUGAACCAUAAACUCAAGAAAUUAGGAAGUUUUGUCAUAAACAAGACUUACAGUCUGAAAAUUGACCAUUCUGCAAACCUUGAUCGUGAUUCCAUACAAACUCAAAUUGUAACUUUAUCAAACACCACUAAAGAACUGAAAGAUCGUUUCGAGUUUCUCCUAAAUGCGAUUCAGGAAAAUCUAGUAAAGACCAAAGAGGUUAUCCUUCAAAACAACCCUAUAGCUCUUCUAAAUGAUGAUUAA